AUGAUACUGAACAGCUGUUUAAUAUCUUUCUCCCAAACUGGGCGGGGCGGGGGGCCCAUCGUCAGCCCUUCCCAGCUCAACACCCACCCCCUUCGUUCUGCAGUGGUAACGUCCCAAUCUCUUCUCUCUCCCACUGGGAAGGGGAGGUGGUCAGUAGUGCGCAGGCGCCGCAGAGGCUCGCGCCUCUUUCCCUCCCUUUGUCCAGAGUCGGGACGCCAUUGGCUACUGUGUUGUUGCCGAGGCCUCAGACCGCGGCUUUCAGACAUGGCUGUCCGGAUGUUCUGCAACCGCUGCUUCCAGCCUCCCGGCAAGUCUUCUUCACAGUUCAGCCUGACGAGUUGCGGCCACGUGUUCUGCCAUAUCUGCCUCCAGCAAGGUAGAAAGGAAGAAUGUUUGAUUUGUCGCACUCCUUGCCGUAUAAUUUUACUUUCAAAACAAACUGAUUUUAAUAUUCAGGCAUUCUUUAUGGGAAUAGAUGGAUUAUGCAAAAAAUAUUCAAAAGAAACAUCACAGAUUUUAGAAUUUCAAGAAAAACACAGGAGGAGGUUGUUAACAUUCUAUAGAGAAAAGAUUUCAAAAUUAGAAGAAUCUCUUAAAACGUUAACAGAGCAGAUACAUCAGAUUCAAAGUAAGGGGCCAUCUCAACAAACUGUGCAAUUACCUGUUUCUAAGCCAUUCAAAAACUCAGUUUCAAGUAAGUAUGCAAAACCGGUUGGAUAUUCAUCAUAUUCAUUCUUGCCAGCUUAUUCAUCAACUUCCCAAAUAGUGGAGUCAAUGGACACUGAUCUUUCACCUUCCCCAAUGAGAAAACUUGAGAUGGCAGCAGGCCCUGCAAGGCUCUCACUGAUCAGUCCGCCUCAAGAUGGACGUAUGGGUACUGUUUCUUACCGAGGGCCCCAGCUAGUUGGAUUUACCUCAAGUCAGAAUAGCAUAUCAAGGACGCCACCAUCACAGAUUUCUUAUAAUGGACCUUCACAUGUUCUGUCAUCCUCCUUGCAAAGUAGAAUAGGAAUGUGGGAUACUUCUGGCUUCAGAAUUCCUCAGUUUACACCUCCUCCGUCUCAGUCUUCAGUGCCAAGACAGCCAAUUAGCAUAUCUAAUCUUCUACAGAGGCAAUGUUUAGGAUCUACUCUUCUUGGAGGAAACACACUAGGAAGAUGAUUGUGGUUUUUGUGAUGAUUGCUCUCCAUUAAUUUUCAGGUGGAUCCCUCUAUCAACGUUUGU